AGGGUGAUAUGUCGGUUUAAGAACGAGUGCAGGUACCACCAGCAACCACCGUUAGCUGCACUCACGAGUUCUGGUGCGAUACAAUGACUGCCUGCUAGUUUACCCCACGUGCAUCGCAUCGCUUGUUGGCUAUAUUCAUCCUGGUGAAGCCUACUCGCUAAACGCACCCCGAAGAAACGUGUUAAAACCACGCUCUGGUCACCAUGGUGAAUGCUACGCUUCCUCAUCUUACCCUCCAUCAAACCCCUUCCCCUAACAUCAACACUUCCCUCUACGAUACCAUGCAGAAAUUCCUUACCUUGAUCAGCACGGACCAGCUGAUCCAAGUCUUGCUACAGUGCGACAGACACAACCAAGUCUGUGACAAGUGGUUGUUGGCGAUAGUGUUCGAGUAUUUCCAGCGCUCCAAACUCCUGCAUUAUCAGUUCACCAGAGAAAAGUUCUUCAUAGCUCUAUACCUGGCAAUAGAGUUUGAGGAGGACGAGGACCGGAAGGUGAAGGAUGUUCUGUUGGACUACAUGUUACACCACGAUAACAUCUGGACAAGUAAGCGACAGUUCAUAAAGAAGAAAGACAAGUACUGGAAAAAGUUAGGUUUCCGGUGCAUGGUCACACGACAGCGACUUGAACAGAUAAUCGCUAUCGAUCCCUACCAUUCUGUCUGGCAGCGAGUCCGGAAAGAAUCCCUGGCCGGCGCUAACCGUUCCUUCACCUGCAAGCUGGAUCCUCCAUCUUUCUACAAAUUCCAAUGGUCCAUGACACCGACCCAACAACAACCACCUCCCCACCACCACCAGCAACCACAUCAGCCUCCCGUCUCUCGCGAGAUCGCACCACCUGUCUCGCGCGACAUCAUCCCUCGGAAGGUUCCCGAAGUUAUCGACCUCACAAAAGACUCACCCCCAGUUCCCAUCAAACCACACGAGCGGAAACGCACUUCCGCCGCCUACAGACAUCUUCACAGUAUCGUAACUUUAAUAGAGCGAGACAGAGGCAGAAGGAGACCACCUCACGAUAUCCUCAAGAUGAAACACGCUCAGCAGAAGCGGCUGAACGAGCUGCAAAUGCUGGAAACACUAGCCCGGACAAACAGCUUCACGGCCCUCAACAACGAGCUAGCCCAUCUAAACGUCAACCACUCCCUCUCCAACACCCAGUCCUGUAUUAAUCAGCUCCAAUACGCCAACUAUCCCUUCCUCUACAACACAGACGUGAGCGACUUCAACUUGCCUGGCCUGAUUCUUCUGCCCGACAGAAGAAUGUCAUUUCCCAUGUUCAACUUGGACCAUCUGGCGGGAAAUGGAGGAGUUCCCUCGCCUAACCUGCCCAUGGUAGUGCCGGUAGUGCCUCGAACGGAUCACUGGGUGUGAAUAAUAGGAUUCUAAUUAUAAGAUUAUUUAGUAAUUAAUUAAACAAACACUGAUUUGUUGGUCACGUGACUCAUGUUAUUGUUGUGGAAAUGUACAGGCAGGUUUGUGAAGGAGGAGAGGAGAGAUUUUUAGGUUUAAACUCGUUAAACGUCUUGAGGACAUACACAUCGUGGAGGGUUUGGUGGCGUCGUGACAUAAACAAUGACGUCAUCACAUAAACAAUGACGUCAUCAUGAACAAUGACGUCACCAAGAAUUGAUUCAUUGGUCACGUGACUGUUGUGUCGGAAAAACGUGGCGGAAUUUCAAUGUAAAUAUCGAAAAAUGCGAGGGUUCUUCUGUUCGCAUUUUUAAGGAGCGAGCAGCGUUUGGAAUUGGAUACAGAUUUGAAUUCAUUAAAUCUACAUGUUGGUUCGAAUAUUAACUUGCUUCUUUUACGUGUAAGUUAUCUAAAGAAACUCCAAGUUAUUUGCGAGAUGGAGAUAGAAAGUUAUUGAAACGUUAAAUUAAAUUUAGGUGCAGCAGGAUGCCUCUCUUAGAGGGCAAAACCUAGAUCCCAUCUGCUGUAUAUCGGUGUAGUUACUUGGAGUUUCUUAGAAAAGUUUUAUCAGAUGAUAAAAAAUAAAAAAAUAAGUUUGGCCGGUUCUGUUCAUCACUUUAUGGUAUAGUAUUAGUUUUAUAAAUAUCUUUACCGUAGAAUGGCAGUGUGUCGCUGUCACGACACUGUUCGGGCUCGAAAUUAAAGCAACUAUGUUCUCAAACAUUCCCUCAACUGAUCGUAUUCAAAACUUCCAAGUGUGGCAUAUUUCGAGCCCAAACACCAGGAGCUUAAACAUGGCCAAAUUUUGUGAUUCGCGAGUUUUGGGGUUGUCAUGGUUUUCCAGCAUCACGUCGUGUGGUCACCCUGGUCAACGUCCUGGAUUUUCACGCGAGUGUAGCAAAAUUUUGAUCAAACGGUGUUGAUUCACUUCUUUAAAUUUUUAUUUAGCUAGGAUUUAAUGAUAUUGUCUUAUGUAUUUUCGUUGCCACAGUCGCGAAGCUAUCCUAGAAAUAAAGAUAUGUAGUUAUAAUUGUUCGCAACAACGUCAUUAGUAAUCAAUGUAGAUGUCCGGCUUUAAGCCCCUUUACCUUAAGUAUAGACUGUAAGGCUUUGAGAAAAACGAUUUACAAUGUAUUUUAAAUCAUUCAAAUUUUCUCCUGCUAGCAAUAUACUCAGCUGAAGGAGAGUGAUAUGGUAUAAUAUUCGUUAAAUCGAAGGUUUUUGUAAACCUUGAAAAAAACGUGGUGUUAUGAUGUACGUCUUGUAAUAGAAUAUGGUUAUUAUAAAAAAGGAAUAAUUACUGAUUUGUAUUUCUUUUGAUAAAACGUAUUCCCGGGGGUAUAAUAUUAAUAUGAUAUAAUUGGUGAUAUUAUAUUAAACGUUUUGUAAAUCACUGGUUAAGUGGCCCUAUAAAAACCGGUUCAGUUUAUGUAAACUUGAACAAAAAAAAUGAUUUUUUUCCGUGCGAUUCAAUUUUAAUGGUGGUUUACAUGCGUUAAAAUUUGUGUUUGGAAAAAAUGAUAUUAUAUUCUCUUUCGCAGUUGGACUUGGUAGCGACGGAUUUGUUAUAAAUUAUCAUAACUAACUGCUUAAAUAUCAUAGUAAGCCCAAAUAAUAUGUGUUAGACAGUAUUUGUUAUUAACGAAGGAGUGCUAACAAGAUCGUAGUACGGUUUUAAUGAAUUAGAAUGUAAUCUGUUUUGAGAAGAGAGAAUGUCAAGAAUACAGAUUGUUUUUAUCUUGUGUAGAGUAAAAGGCUGUUUCUGAAACUUUGAAAACGAUUUAAAACAUUUCCUUGUGGUUUUAAGAAAUGGUCUUUCUUGGGUAAUUGGAAGGAGUGAUGGUUUACGUAGUUUAUCUGUCGAGACAUUGAUAAACUUUAUUAAUGGCUACGAAGUAACAUAAUCUGAAGUAUGAUCGGUUGUAUUUUGUGUGAAGUUUACUUCAGCCACAAGCGGGUCAUACCGGUUGUAUUUUAAGCACGCUACUCUAAAAUUCCCAUGUUAGUACAUAUUUUAGUGUUCGAACCUAGAGUAUUAUACAAAGAAUAGGAAAGAGGGCCAAAAUUGACAUAACAUGUGUAUGAAUGAGUGAAUGGGAGUAGCAGUUACCAAUAGUACCGAGUCUGAAGUUAUUAUUAAGGAAUGUUCUAUUUAUUUCCUGCAUAUUUUAGUUCGGCGUUUCCAACAUGACAGCCACUUACCUAAUCGCAUUAAUCAGAAUUUCCAACAUUUACCUCGAAUAAAAAUUAAAGAAAAUCACGAAGGAAACUUGUUGGGAUUCGAAAUUUGACAAACUGCUCGUCAUUUCACUUUCAGACACGUGUUAUGCCGUCAGAGUUUGAGAUCGAAUUUUGGAAUCGGUUAAAUUUUAUGAAGUCGAAAUAGCUUGUACACUGUGUUAUGAAUUGUAUUUAUAUUUCCCUUA